AUGCACCGCGCGCGCAGCCCGGAGAUGCUGCUGCUGCUGCUGAAGCUGGUGACCGACUGCAGCAUCCGACAUGGGCAUCCUUUAAUCCGACCGAGCUACAGUGAGUGCUUUUCCCUUCACUUUCACCCUCGUCACCUCCAAUUACAACCCCCUCUCCUCCACUACCUCCCCUUCCUCACCCCUCGUCCCCCCAUCUCUAUAUUAUUGUCUCCCUUUGUGCUCUUUCUUUCACGAGCGAUGGCGCAUAACUCGGCGAAAACGGCGCGUCCUCAUAGAGUUAGAGGUGAGGAAAUAGUGCCUUCUUCCUGUUUGUAGACUACACCACACCUUUGCGUCGUUGCGUGAGAAAAGAGGAGAGUUUAGGGUGGGUGUCGCUUCUCCCCGUGGACCGUAGAGCCGCAGCAGGCUGUGUGAGUGUGUGUGUGGAGGGACCGGGGGAGUACAGGAGGAGAUAG